GCCUGCGUGUGGUCGGGGAGCGCGAGCGGGGCCCAGACGAGCGGGAGGCGCGCGCUGCGGAAGGAGUGGUGCGCGCGGGCGGUGGGGGGCGGGCUGGGGGGCUCGACGGCGACGUCGAUGAUCGUCUGGUCGCUCGCGGGGGAGAGGGGCGGCUCCGCGUCGGCGUCGGCGUCGUCGGCACCGCGGUCGACGGUGGGCAGGGGCGGGGAGUCGUCGCUGGGCAGGCCGUACUGCUGGCGGACGGCGAGGACCUGGGACCUCAUGCAUUGCGCGGCGGGCGCGGCCCACGUGAGGCCGUCGAGGUCGGCGGGCUCGAACCUGACGGACGCGAAGGACCGCUCGAGGAGGAGGCGUUGCUCCUGCGGGGCGCCGGUAUCCUCGAGGUCCUCGCGGUCCUGCUCCUGCUCCUCGCGCUUGAGGGUCGCGAGCCUCUGGAGGGCGCGCGGGCCGAGGUCGCGGACGGGGGCGGACGGGUACGCCAUCUGCGAGCUCCUGAGGAUGGGGCGGGGUGGGUCGACGUUGCGGCCUGCGACGAGGGAAAGCAUCGGGUGGAGGUGGAAAGCCAUGCUGGCGGAGUGGAAGUCGCGAAGCGAAGGCCUGCCAGCAGGGAGACUGAGACGAGGCGAAGGAGUGUCGGAGCUGGCGAGAGCACAGGGAGGACGCGGACUUGUGCCAGACAAGUGAAAGUGAAGGGCAGAGGCUGAAGACGGCGGCGUCCGCGAGGUGUAAGUAGGCGUCGCGCGAAGUAGGCGAAUUGCAAACGAGGCCGGCAGGCGGAAGCGAGACGUAAGGCGUGUGAAAGAGAAGGAGCGGCUAGGGGCAGUCCAUGGCACAGAGGCUGGCGUAUGAAUCGAAGUAGGGCACAGUUGCUCGCUGGGCGACGACAGCAGGAGGAGGAGGCCACAGAC